AUGACCAUUGUAUCCUUGUAUUAGUGUUUCGAUAUUGUGUUAACCAUUUCUUCAGCUUUGAAUUAUGAGAUUGAAGGACAAAAACUAGUUUUUAUUUAUCGCAUCAUGGUAAUGCAAUUAAUUAAUAUCUUAGAUCUAAGUAUUUUUAAUCAUUGCUUUUCAUAUUGCAAUGAAUAAGAUGAAGAGAGAAACUGCUUUUUUAAUUAAUAUAAUCACAUUGCUUAAAUAUUUCAGUCUAAUUAUUUUAUGGUGUGAAACUAAUUAUGAUUUAGUUUUUACAAAUGAAUAUGAGUAAAGAAGUUAUUCUUUUGAAAUUUAUGGAAUUAUGAUAUUGUUUCUAAUUGCCAUUGAAUCAUAACUUUGUAGAACACUUAUAAUCAUUUUUUCUCUCUUUUAUUCUCUUCUAAGGUAUAAUUUAAAACAUUAACUUUAGAUUUCCUUCAUUUACUAAUAACCUCGAAACAAUUGGAUCUAUAAGAAUCAUUUUUGGACAUGUUAUAAUCUAAUCUUUAUCACUCUAUCACUUAUAUCAAACUUAAAACUCUAAUGAAGCAUUCAUUUCUAGAAAUUUAACUCCUUUGCUUACUUAAAGAGCGAUUCAUACUAAUACUUAAAGAGAAGUAACUGAACCACAAAAAUAAAAAAAUAACAUACAAGAUUUACAAAAUGAUGAAUUCGAAAAUCUCAACAAUUUAAAACAGUUAGAAGAACAGUAUGAAUUACUAUUAAUUAAUUUUUAAUGUGGAAUCUAUAUUUUUGAAAAUGCUUAGUAACCUAUGAGAAUUAUUAAUUCAUUCAUGUCCCAUAUUGUUUUAAUCAAUGAAUUAUUAAAUCCAGAGUUGACCCAACUUGAAUUAUAUGAUUUUGGUUUACUUUAAGAAGAAUCAUGUACCAUUUUACCAAGUUUUCAUCGAAGUAAAGACAUCAGUAAUUUUAUCAAAUUCACUUAAACCCUUGAGUAUUAAUAUAACAAUAUAUUUGAACUUAGAAUAUAUAAUUUGAAAAUUUAUAAACUGAAGAAAAAAAAGAAAUUCAAUUUUUUUGUAGAAAAAUGUAAGUACAAACCUUAAUAGAACAUUUGCUUGCUUUUUAACAUAUAAAAUUUAAUUUAACAAACUUUGCUUUAGAUUUUUCAUUAAAAAUUUAUUUAAAAAAAGGUUAUUCUUAAAAUAAUAUUUUAUAGAUAAACUUUACACUCAACUCAUUUUAAAUCCUGUAAUCAUCUAAAACAAACCUUAGAUUAUAUUAUACAUAAAUGAUUUAACUGAAGAACCAUUUAUUCUAUAACUUUAAUAGUAUCUAAAAAAUAGCGAUGACAUAAUUCAAACUAUAUCCUAAAAAAUUAAAGAACCUUUAAAUUGUACAUUAUCAAUGUUAGAAUUAGUUUAAGUAAUUAAUUUAUAUUAUUUUAAAAUAGAAAGAAGUUAAUUUAGAUCUAUAAACUAAAUAUAUAGAUCCUGCCUUAGCUGGAUGUAAAUUACUUAUAAGUACUGCAAAUGACAUCUAAGAUUAUGUUACUUUACAUAAAAAAAAUAAAUUAGAUCGUAAUUUAAUGGAUAUUCACACAAGAGAAUUUAUUUCAGAUUGUUUAAACAUCAUAAAAGCUUAAGCUAUAUUUAGAGGAUUGAAUAUAUAAGUACAUAUAAAACAAAAUGUUCCUAUGUUUUUAAGAACUGAUCCUAAUAGAGUUCGAUAAAUUUUAUUGAAUUUGUUAAGUAAUAAUAUAAUUAACUUUAGUAAAAUCUAUCUAAGUUACUAUUAAUGGAAGUAUAGAAAUUUCUUGUUAAAAAUCACCUUUGUUGGUUGAUCACAUUGAAAUAAUAAUAAAAGUUAUGGCUCAAAGUAUUAAUGAAGGGAUUCUAGAUGAUGUUGAAUAAACAUUAAAACAUCUAAAAUAAUAGACUUUAGUUAGUAAAUAAGUAAUAGACAUUGUUGCAACAUCAAAACAAUAUUCUUUUUCUAUCAUUACAGCAUUUUAUAUAUCUUUAGCUGUUGCUAUUAUGCCUUUUGAAUUUAAUUCUAUAAAAACUGAUGAUGGUACUUAGUUUUAUUUUAUUUUAUUGAUUAAAAAUGAAAAUCCAAAUUUUAAUAAGUAACUAUCAUAAAAAAGAUAAUCUGCAUUAAUUGCAAAUAAAUCUCAAUAUCAUUAAGUAUUUGGUUAAAGUAGCUAAUUUAAAAGGCAUUAAUCAUAACGAUUAACAGAAAUAAGUAGAAUUUAAGUAUAAGAAAAAUUAAAAAAAAUGAAAAGAGAAUCUUAAGAAGAAACAAUUUCAGGAAAAAUGGAUACAUAAUUACCAUAAUUUGGAUAGUCUGAACAAUCUGAUAAUUUAUAACCUGUAAAAUCUUACUCUGUUUCUUAAAUCUCAGAAUAGGAUGACUCAUAAUAGAGUUCCUCAUCAUAAGAUUCAAAGGAUGAAAUGGUAAAGGCAGAAUUUGAUGGUGAUAUUUAAUCAAGUAAAUCAUCACUUUAAAUAAAUGAAAAAAUUGAGAAAAUAGAUAAAUAGAAAAAACCUUCUUAAUUUCUUGAAACUAUGAUACGUGUUAAAGAACCUCAAGCAAGAAAAAUAUCUGUUAGUAUAAUCUAAUCAAGACUCACUCCAUAAGUAUCAUAAUAAGUUUAAUCAAAUUAAAGAGAUUCAUUACUUACUUUUGGAGGACGUUCAUCUGUUUAUAAUUCAAUGAGAGUUUCUUCAGUAAAUUUAGGUCCAAAUGAAUUACUAGAUUGUUUUGAGAAAAUGGAGAGAAUUAAAUAAUAGUAAUUUAUUUAUAAAUGCUAAGUAAAUAUGUAAAUUUUAUUUUAGUGUCCGAAGAUUUUAAUUUGUGAAUAGAAUGAUUUUGAUUUAUAUGCUAUAUCUCAUUAAUUAAGCAACCUCAAAAUUCCAUACAUUUAUACAAUGUAGAGAAUGCAUAUUGUAGAUUAACUAAAGAAAUAAUUUUCAUAAUUUAAAACCUGUUGUAAAGGGUAUCAUAUAAUUUUUGUUGGAGUUGAAUAUCUAAAUGAUUAAUUAAGUUCUGAUUGUGCUAAUAUAAAGGCUGUACUUUCUGAGUAUUAAAAGGAAACAAGAUUAAUAGGAUUAAUUGGAUUUUAAGAUGAAGACAGUAAGAUGGCAAUAAAGAAGUUAGCAUUUCAUGAUUGUUUGUAAAAACCUAUAAUGAUUGAUGCUUUGUUAUUCAUUUUAGCUAAAUGGGUAAAGUUGUGA